GUCUCGAUCUCACGCUGUCACGCAGCACACCACUUCUCUCUCUCUCUCUCUCUCUCUCUCUCGUGGACUCCUGCCCUGCGCCGCCGCCCCUUUCGCCGGCGGCUGGGAGCAAGCGCCUCCGGCCUCCGGCCCUUUCGCUGGCGGCUGCGGGAGAGCACCUCCGCCUGGAUCUACAGCCACCGCCCGCCGCACACGGGAAUCCCAGAUGUCAUUACAUAUUGGUCGGCUUUCCCAAGAUGUGCGGCAAAGUUAUCUGGAACAUCUUUUCCGGAGGUUUGGCCGUUGCACUCUGAACCUGAAAGAUGGAUAUGGGUUUGCAGUGUAUGAUUCUGAUGAUGAUGCAACUCGGGCCCUACGGGCCCUGCAUGGGAAAUAUGUUUGUGGGGAGCGCAUCACUGUCAAUUGGUCAAAACAGCAGCCCAGAUUUUCUCAGGGUUUCAGGAGGAGUUCAAGAUUCGUUGAAUCAUUUCGUGGAAGGAACUUUAGAGAUGCUCGGAACAAUGUUAGGUUCAGGGAUUCUGUAGCUCGGAAGAAUCACCCAGCAGAUCAUGAUCAUGGUCAUAAUCCUGAUGCUGUGCCAGAAAAGGAAUCUGAUAAGUUUGCGGAGGUUGUCAAUGAUGCUGAAGAAAAUGAUGGUGGUGAUCUAGAGGAGGUAAAGAGGGAUGAAGGUGGUACAAUUGAUGAAGAUCCAGGGGAAGUGAAGGCGGACGAAGGUGGAAAAGAUUAUGCAAAUGCAAUUGAACAUGACAGAUGGGCUGAGACUGGAAAAGGCACCCCUGGUGGAGAUGGUGAUGAUUUUGAUCGCUAUGAGCCUUAUCAUGGAUAUGAUAGGCAAGAAGAAACAGAAAAUGUGACUAAAGGAAGCUCUUAUGAUUCUCGUGAACACAUGCAUUCUUCAGACAAGUGGCAAGAGCACUCGGAUAGGCGUGUUGACAUCAGCCAUGAUAAAUCAAGAUUUCCUCCAACCUGUUACAGUUGUGGCAUUACUGGCCAUGUUGCACAUAAUUGCCCUCAGGGAAUAGAUGAUAACUUCAAAGCAAGGAGAGAUGGAUUGAACUUCAGGGAGAAAUGGCAGCUGAGGCAGAGAAGGUUUGGGUCUCCCUCAAGGAGGCGACCAGAAUUUCAUGUUGAUCCUUUGGAUCAAACAAAUUAUAGAGUUCAAGAUGGUAGGAAACCAUUUUCUGAUAGGAAUAUGAGAGUGCCUGGGUUGAGUACUGCGCCCAGAGACAGCAGAAGACAUGCCCACUGCAGUGAAGACAUGCCACAAACCAAUAAGGAAGCACACAAGAGAAGCAGAUCUGAAAGGUCACGUGGAUCAGGCUCUUCUGAACCUUCAAGGAACUCUCACCAUGAUAAUGUUAAGGGAUCUCAUUCCAACAGUUCUUCCUCAGAUUCAAGAUCUAGGUCGCGAUCCCGGUCUCGAUUCAGAGCACAUUCUCCAUCAUAUUCUGCACAUUCUAGUGCAAAAUCAGCUCAACCAACUGAGCAGGAAGGAUCAAGAUCAAAUAUCAAUCAUCCUGUUCCAUUUUCAGUAUCUGCUUCACCACAGCAUAAGUCAUCAUCUGAUGUAGAGAACAAAAAUCUAGAUGGCCUGACAAAUUCUCCCUUGGAGGACAAUUUGGAGUUCAGGACAAGAUCUGAAGUAAAAGAUAUGGAUGAUAACAAGCAACAAGGAAACGGUUCAGUACUGAACAGCAUGGUCCUGAAUGGGAAAGCGCUUGCUCCUGAUAAGGAUGCUAAUGCUGCUGGUUGCACAGGGGUUAACUUUGAUAAGAACUUGAUUGAUGAUAAUGCUACCAAUGGAAUGCAAAGCCAGAAUGCCAACUUUGAUGACUCUUCAUCAAUGAAGUCAAAGCAGGAUGUUGUGGUCAAAAAUGGGAGAAACAAGUCAUUAAAGCUAACAACUAAUGAAGUGAUCACAGCUCUGAAGCACUAUGGGGUGGAGGCACAAGAGGAUUCAUCAGAUCAACCUGUGGAGAAGUACUUUGGUGCUGCACGCCUGUGGCCUUGGGAAAUCAUUUACUAUCGCAGGCGUAAGAAAGGUCCAAUAUCUACAGAGAAUUAUGCUAAGCGACUUGAGCAGAACAAAGAAUUCGGUAUUGUGGAUCAGUAUGUCAGAAGCAGCAGUGGUUGGUGGGAGUGCGAUUGAAGUGUCAGGUGUCUACUUGGUUCCAAGGCUUUACAUGAAUAUGUCCUUUGUGCUCAUGAUGCAUUUUGAGGAUGACGAGGUUUGUGUGCUCUUUCUAGGUUUCAUUCUGGCUUGUUUUAGGGCAUGUUUGAAUGUGAGGAUUAGACCCAAUCCCUUCAGACUUGGAGGGAAAAUAAUCUAAUUUUCCUGCCAACCUGAGAGGAUCAAGUGUGAAACCUACCAAACAAACAUGAAAUUUUCAUUCCCAGUAUUAGUGUUCUGUGAACCACAAGUAAUAGGUGUUUCCGUAGCCUACAUGAAUAGAGCCAUUAAAACUAGAACCAAAAGUGAUAGGUCUUUUCAUUGCUAUGAUUCUUAUGGGUAAAGUUUAUGCCUAAAGGCUUCAUGUUGGAAAUGGCACUGCACUCUUUUGUCAGUGUUAUACAAUCAUCACAGCACAUGUAGAUGUUGGUAUCAUUUGUCCAUCUCAUGUGUCUUUUGAGUCGCGAUGCUUGAAGGUUCGAUCCCAGUAGGAUCAUUUUGAUGGGCAACAGACAUCAAGGAACAGCCUCGUGUCUAGCAAAUCCAUGAUGAAGAUGAAAAACUUGUCUCUCCAUCAAGGUCUAGAUAUGUAAGGAUAUUAUAUCACAAGUAAUAUUUGUAAGCGGUUACCUUGGCUUUAUGUAUGACAUUAGGCUUACAUUUGUCAUCAAGAGCACAUUAAUGAGAGAGAUAUGGUCCUUCCUGAGGCUUUCUUUCUUCUUCAUGUGGCUUCUCUAUUUGUGAUUGUUAGCUAGUAUUGAGUUGUUAGUGUGGAAAUGUUGCUGUUUGGUGCGUCCUGUGGGUUGAGAUUGAGAAUGAUCAUUGUUCGGUACAA